AUAUUUCUUGUACAUGGAUGGAGCAUCGCCGCUCUGUGCUCCUCCGGCUUCUGCGGUGGUACCCGCUCGUGGUCUUGGCGGAGGGCGAUAGAGGCCUGUGCUGCGCCGCUCAGGACGCGAGGGUCGGUCGACGGGCGCAGCUGCUGGACGACGGCGCCUGUCUUCUGCAGUCCCACCUGGAGCUGGAGUCGGAGUCCGAGGUGGAGUCUGAAGGCUCCGGGUCACUGUCGGCCGAUGUGGCCGCGGACGCCGACGCGGGCUCUGGCGCCGACAACCUCGACGGCGGGGCAGACUCGGGCACCAUGGACAUAGGCCUGCAGGACAUGAUCUCGGCCGACUCGGGUCUUGCUUUUUCCAGCGAGCAAGCAUUGGCCGCUGCAUCAGCAGCGCGCGCGGCGGAAAGCUCUGGGGAUUUCAUGCUGGACGAGGACGAGCCUUUCCGGCAGUCCAUGGUGAACUUUGGGGAUGCGCAGGGAGCUUGUGGGAUUCCAUCGACUGCCCACCGUGCACACAUCGCGACUCCAGCUCGCGCACCCUGCGGUGCCCAGUACAUCUCGUACUUGGUGAUCGGCCACCAGCUGAUCGGCGGCAUUCUCGACACUGGCUCAUUUGAGUUGGUGGUGUUCUCCAGCACCUGCAGCUCCUGCGGUUCCGCUGGGCAGUACAACCCGUGGCUGAGCUCUUCGUACGGCGUGGGCCAGCUGAAGACGACACAGUCUUACGGAAGCGGCGACACGUUCUCCGAGGAGGCCUUUGACCUCGUCUCGAUCGGGCCGUUCGCGGACACCAACCAGUCGUUCUGGGAGGUCACGAAGGCGAAUAUGCCGAUCCUGAACACAGCGAUGUUCCAGGGCAUUAUUGGCGUUGGGCCUCCGGAGACGCCGGCCGCAGACGCCUGGAACGCGCUGAUGAGGACUGCUGGGAACAUCUCCAACAUGACCGACAUCCACGCGCCGGUCGACGAGAAUUUGCUUGCCCAGGCCGUCGACCGGUUGGAGGUCGCCAUGGAAGUGACCCAGAGGCCGACGCUCCUGAGGAACCUGAACGUCAGCAUCUUCUCCAUGUGCGUGAGCAGGAAGCCUGGCGACAACGGCUUCUUCAUCUGGAACGACUACACCGCUGUGCGGAAGCCGUUGCUGUUUGCCGAGGU